UUGCUAGCGACUGAACUAGCUAGGUACCUAGCUAAAAGGCUAGCUGACGUACGUUAGCUGUUUUCUGGGAGGGGAAACCAUCGCAUGCUAUGUAAUUAGCUUGUUUGCUUCUUUUUUUUUUUUAUAUAGAUCAGAUCUUAGUUUGUAGCUACUAGAUAACAACUACAAAAGAUGCAUUUUCCCCCCAGUUUAGUUUAGGAUGAGCAUGGAAGAUUAUGACUACCUGUUCAAAAUUGUACUAAUAGGAAAUGCUGGUGUUGGGAAAACCUGCCUAGUCCGACGCUUCACUCAGGGCCUUUUCCCCCCUGGACAAGGGGCUACCAUAGGAGUUGACUUCAUGAUCAAGACUGUGGAGAUCAAAGGGGAAAAAGUAAAGCUGCAGAUCUGGGACACAGCAGGCCAGGAGCGUUUCCGUUCCAUCACCCAGAGUUACUACCGGAGUGCCAACGCACUCAUCCUCACCUAUGACAUCACGUGUGAGGACUCCUUCCGGUGCCUUCCAGAAUGGCUGAGGGAGAUUGAGCAGUAUGCCAACACCACCGUGGUCACUAUUUUAGUCGGCAAUAAGAUCGACCUAGCGGAGAAGAGGGAAGUCAUGAGGCAGAGAGCUGAAGAGUUUGCGAACUCCCAGAGCAUGCUUUAUCUGGAGACCUCCGCGAAGGAGUCUGAUAACGUGGAGAAGCUCUUUCUGGAUCUGGCCUGCGAGCUGAUCCGCGAUGCCAAACAGAACACGCUGGACAACAAUGACACGGCUAACGCUAUGCCAGGAGAGGGGAAAACCAUCAGCUACCUAGGUUGCUGCAGCACUAACUAGGUCAGAUUCUAGAGUGCUGGGUCGUGUUCAUUCCUGUUCAUAAGGGCACAACACCAACACCAACAGGGGGGGUUCUUAUCGGACAGAUUUAGCUCAGUACCUUCCGCUAACCCUCUGUUUUCGGGACGUUUUUCUUCCCAAGUUGAAUGCCUAUUGAACACCACCCUGUACUGUAUUCUGGCCAUGCAGCUGUGCUGAGUGCACUACGACAUAGACCUAACGCAGAGGAUCGGAGAUGACAGGAUGCCUCUUUCUUGUCUGUUUUGUCCCAGACUUCAUGGUGCCACUUGUCAGUCACUCUUUUGAGAGUCCCUCCCAUGGCCUUUUUUAUUUUUUACAUUCAACAGUAUGAUCUGUCCAAUCACCUUCUUGUUGUUUUAUCCUCUGUGGGAAUAGAAAUGUUGAGAGGAUGCAAUACAAGUUGCUGCCACUAGAUGGGAGUACAUAACCUUAUAUCCCUGGUGCAACGGGAUUGAACAGACUGUACUAUAGGCCUUGUUGCAAACUGAUGUAAUAUAUUGGGAUUUAUUUUUAUUUAUUUUUUCCCCCAAAGGAAAUCUGAGGAAGGUUUUAAGAGGUUAAAUGUAUUCAUACACCAUUCAUUCAUUCAACGGAGAGAGGGGGGUUGUGCCUCCUGUCCUGUGAGUUGGUGGGUAGAUUAAAAACACAAAUAUCCAGGAGUAGCUAUUACCAGCACCUGAUUUUCAAAAGCACCACAAUUAUUUCCUCACAAACAGGACAUGUACAGCCCAAUUCGAGUUCUUUAAUUUGUCAACAACAAAUGAUCUGAAUAGGAUUGAAUAGAUUAAUGUGUGUGAAUGAGAAUCCACCCAACCACUUUUAUAUAUAUAUAAAAAUACAAUUCAAACACUUAUGCAUUUAAAUUUUGACGCAUGCUACACGAAAUGGUUUGUUAGUUAGCUAUUGUAGCCUACCUCUACAAUGCACAACAUUUACAGUGCCUUGCGAAAGUAUUCGGCCCCCUUGAACUUUACGACCUUUUGCCACAUUUCAGGCUUCAAACGUAAAGAUAUAAAACUGUCUUUUUUUUGUGAAGAAUCAACAACAAGUGGGACACAAUCAUGAAGUGGAACGACAUUUAUUGGAUAUUUCAAACUUUUUUAACAAAUCAAACUUACUUUCGCAAGGCACUGUAAUAUAUAGAUAUUAUAUACCCUUCCGAUUUAGGCUUCCUCAGUUGACCUAUUGGUUAUUGAGUAAUUGAUUGGGGCCAUUUUUAAAAAAAAUUUUUUACAAGUAUUGAAAGAAAUGGAAAAGAUCAAUUUACCAGAAGUGAUCAAUAAAGGGUUUUGUGUUUAUUCCUCAUCAGUACACUUUAUGUCCGAGAGCUCAUAAGUUAAAGUUAAAAUUCCUUCAAGUAGCAAACACCCAGUGUGACUUUAACUCAUUUCAAACCUUAGCAUUAUUAUAAAAUUGAUUUGCACAAGUCAUUUUGUCUCUCGGCUCAAUUCACUCAAGUGGCAAAUGGUGUAUGUAGUUUGACACGCCUGAAUACAAUGCAGAGCGGUGUGAUAAAGAAAGCAGUCGUGUGUGUGUGUGUGUGUGUAUCCCACGCUAUCCUCCAUGUAGUCCGUGCUCUCUACUUUUGACCACAGCCCUAUGAGCCCCUAUGGGCUCUGGUCAAAAGGUAGUGUGCUAUUAUAGAGAAUAGGGACGAUGCUGAAGUAUUGUUUUUUGUCUGCUUUUGUCUUAUGAAUGAUUGAUGGAUGUUCAUUUCAGAUAAUGUACCAGUGUUCAUGAAUGGUGUUCAUUUCAGAUAAUGUACCAGUGUUCAUGAAUGGUGUUCAUUUCAGAUAAUGUACCAGUGUUCAUGAAUGGUGUUCAUUUCAGAUAAUGUACCAGUGUUCAUGAAUGGUGUUCAUUUCAGAUAAUGUACCAGUGUUCAUGAAUUAUGUUCAUUUCAGAUAAUGUACCAGUGUUCAUGAAUGAUGGAUGUUCAUUUCAGAUAAUGUACCAGUGUUCAUGAAUGAUGUUCAUUUCAGAUAAUGUACCAGUGUUCAUGAAUGAUGUUCAUUUCAGAUAAUGUACCAGUGUUCAUGAAUGGUGUUCAUUUCAGAUAAUGUACCAGUGUUCAUGAAUUAUGUUCAUUUCAGAUAAUGGACCAGUGUUCAUGAAUGAUGGUGGAUGUUCAUUUCAGAUAAUGUACCAGUGUUCAUGAAUGAUGGAUGUUCAUUUCAGAUAAUGGACCAGUGUUCAUGAAUGAUGUUCAUUUCAGAUAAUGUACCAGUGUUCAUGAAUGAUGGAUGUUCAUUUCAGAUAAUGUACCAGUGUUCAUGAAUGAUGUUCAUUUCAGAUAAUGUACCAGUGUUCAUGAAUUAUGUUCAUUUCAGAUAAUGUACCAGUGUUCAUGAAUGGUGUUCAUUUCAGAUAAUGUACCAGUGUUCAUGAAUUAUGUUCAUUUCAGAUAAUGGACCAGUGUUCAUGAAUGAUGGAUGUUCAUUUCAGAUAAUGGACCAGUGUUCAUGAAUGAUGGAUGUUCAUUUCAGAUAAUGUACCAGUGUUCAUGAAUGAUGGAUGUUCAUUUCAGAUAAUGUACCAGUGUUCAUGAAUGAUGUUCAUUUCAGAUAAUGGACCAGUGUUCAUGAAUGAUGGAUGUUCAUUUCAGAUAAUGUACCAGUGUUCAUGAAUGAUGUUCAUUUCAGAUAAUGGACCAGUGUUCAUGAAUGAUGGAUGUUCAUUUCAGAUAAUGGACCAGUGUUCAUGAAUGAUGGAUGUUCAUUUCAGAUAAUGGACCAGUGUUCAUGAAUGAUGUUCAUUUCAGAUAAUGUACCAGUGUUCAUGAAUGAUGGAUGUUCAUUUCAGAUAAUGGACCAGUGUUCAUGAAUGAUGUUCAUUUCAGAUAAUGUACCAGUGUUCAUGAAUGAUGUUCAUUUCAGAUAAUGUACCAGUGUUCAUGAAUGAUGUUCAUUUCGGAUAAUGGACCCGCGUCUAUGACUAAACGUAACAAUUCCCUUAAUGCAUUCGUCUGAUUGUUUGCACAUGUUAUUACAAUGGAACUGUGAAUCUAUAUUUUUUUAGUUUAAAAUAGAUUCUCAACAUAUUACCUGCUGCUCCUUUGUUUUUCACAUUUUCAUGUUGUCUAAUAUGAAAAUCAAACCCGUACUCAAGAAUAGAUUAUAUUUAUUCUUCAGUUAAACACAAUUCUGUUUAUCGCCAAUUGUAUUAUUUGUAUUUCGAUGAAUGCAUCGUUACUUGAUAAUGCAUUUUAAUAAUGCACUACAUUAACUAUUCAGUUAACCCAUAGCCUCUAGUUAGCUGCACGGGAAAUAUAUUUAAACUUUUUCCAAGUGUUUUAAAACAUUAAGUUAGAAAUGUAUUUGUUUUCUUCGCGGUUGAUUUUUUUUUUAAAGGGGCAAUCUGCUGUUUCUAAACACAUGGUUCGAUUUAAAUGAGUGUCAGCUGUUUCCAGACAUCACAAUGAAUCUAAUAUUAAGAUGAGUCCAUGACAUCUCAUGUGAUCUAUUGUGAUUUUUAGAGUGACCAAUCACAGGAAAUGUGAAUUAUUAUGUGGAUUAUAAUUAAUGAACAUUUUUUUUUUUUUUUUUCGUUGGGGGGGUUUAUACGUUUUUCGUUAGGGCAACUUGAGUCUGAAAUUUCAAAGUGGAAAUGACAAACUUUAGAAGCAUUUUUAAAACGUUUGCAAUUCUCAGCAACAAAAGAGUGAUCAAAUUAAGAGACUACAUCUGUAGUUGAUUGCCCAACGUUUGCCGUGAUUUGAAAGUGUCAUGCAUUCUAUAUUACCACAUUUUUCUUUGAAAGCAAAACAUUUUCGAUUUUUAGUUUUGUACACAGAAUUAUUUGUAGCCUGGGUACCAGUCUGUUUGUACUAACAUUCCACUCCUUUGUACUCCUUGUGGAAUGUUGGAAUGUUGGCAUAAAACAGGUCUGGAUUUCAGGAUAAUUAGUACUGUAUUCCAUAUUCUUAUGCUUUUGGUGUUUUUAUCUUACAGCUCCUGCCAUAUAUUUGAGUGUCUUCUAGCUUUAUUUUCUAGACCUGAUCGCCAUGGUGUACUGUUGUUACCAAGCAUCAUAAUCUGCUGUAUAUUGAUAGUGUAGUUUUAAUAUUUAAAUUUCUUGUUUGUUGUAACGCCUGUAUUUUAACUUAGCACUUUUCUUUUAUAUUACUGGCUAUAUAUAAAUAUAUAUAUAUAUACUUUUUUUUGUCCUCCUGAACAGUAUUUGAUCAAACUAAUGUUAAUCUAGCUGAUAUUGCUGUCUUUUGACUGCUACAGUACUGAGUAACUUGGUCAAACUGCUACAGUACUGAGUAACUUGGUCAAACUGCUACAGUGCUGAGUAACUUGGUCAAACUGCUACAGUACUGAGUAACUUGGUCAAACUGCUACAGUACUGAGUAACUUGGUCAAACUGCUACAGUACUGAGUAACUUGGUCAAACUGCUACAGUACUGAGUAACUUGGUCAAACUGCUACAGUGCUGAGUAACUUGGUCAAACUGCUACAGUGCUGAGUAACUUGGUCAAACUGCUACAGUGCUGAGUAACUUGGUCAAACUGCUACAGUACUGAGUAACUUGGUCAAACUGCUACAGUACUGAGUAACUUGGUCAAACUGCUACAGUACUGAGUAACUUGGUCAAACUGCUACAGUGCUGAGUAACUUGGUCAAACUGCUACAGUGCUGAGUAACUUGGUCAAACUGCUACAGUACUGAGUAACUUGGUCAAACUGCUACAGUACUGAGUAACUUGGUCAAACUGCUACAGUGCUGAGUAACUUGGUCAAACUGCUACAGUGCUGAGUAACUUGGUCAAACUGCUACAGUACUGAGUAACUUGGUCAAACUGCUACAGUGCUGAGUAACUUGGUCAAACUGCUACAGUACUGAGUAACUUGGUCAAACUGCUACAGUGCUGAGUAACUUGGUCAAACUGCUACAGUGCUGAGUAACUUGGUCAAACUGCUACAGUGCUGAGUAACUUGGUCAAACUGCUACAGUACUGAGUAACUUGGUCAAACUGCUACAGUGCUGAGUAACUUGGUCAAACUGCUACAGUGCUGAGUAACUUGGUCAAACUGCUACAGUGCUGAGUAACUUGGUCAAACUGCUACAGUGCUGAGUAACUUGGUCAAACUGUGUUUAUCCAUGUUUCAUGUCUCGUACCUUUUCUUCUAUGGUCUAGAGACUCGAGAGGGAGAAAUACACAGUACAAUACUUCAAUAGAAUACAGUAAAAACCUUCAAUAGAAUACAGUAAAAAACCUUCAAUAGAAUAUAGUAAAAACCUUCAAUAGAAUACAGUAAAAAACCUUCAAUAGAAUACAGUAAAAACCUACAAUAGAAUACAGUAAAAAACCUUCAAUAGAAUACAGUAAAAAACCUUCAAUAGAAUACAGUAAAAACCUUCAAUAUAAUACAGUAAAAACCUUCAAUAGAAUACAGUACAAUACUUCAAUAGAAUACAGUGAAAAACCUUCAAUAGAAUACAGUAAACCUUCAAUAGAAUACAGUAAAAACCUUCAAUAGAAUACAGUACAAUACUUCAAUAGAAUACAGUAAAAACCUUCAAUAGAAUACAGUACAAUACUUCAAUAGAAUACAGUAAAAACCUUCAAUAGAAUACAGUAAAAAACCUUCAAUAGAAUACAGUAAAAACCUUCAAUAUAAUACAGUAAAAACCUUCAAUAGAAUACAGUACAAUACUUCAAUAGAAUACAGUAAAAACCUUCAAUAGAAUACAGUAAACCUUCAAUAGAAUACAGUAAAAACCUUCAAUAGAAUACAGUAAAAACCUUCAAUAGAAUACAGUAAAAACCUUCAAUAGAAUACAGUAAACCUUCAAUAGAAUACAGUAAAAACCUUCAAUAGAAUACAGUAAAAACCUUCAAUAGAAUACAGUAAAAACCUUCAAUAGAAUACAGUAAACCUUCAAUAGAAUACAGUACAAUACUUCAAUAGAAUACAGU